GGAAGAUAUUGAUAAUUCUUUUUCUCUUCCCCGCCGGCCACAGCACCGCCUCCAAUUCUUUUUCCCUUUCUUCAAUUUUCCAAAACUUGUCUCGAAUCAAACCCAUGUCCAGAUUUUUUCAAAUAAUACAUAAGUUUUAGAUUUUCCAUUUCCAAACACAACAUUACAAAACUUUCCUAACUCAUUCAAAUUCAAUAUCCCAAAUCAGAGCUUUGUGUCUGACUUUUACUUUUCAUUCAGUAGUUUCUUCCACCAUUACAAUACCUUAUUUCUCGUCAUGAACACAAUCACCCUCCUUCGAAACCGCGCUAUAAAUUCCGCGCGAAGAAUCCUCAUUGCUUCUAACAAUCCAUCGUUUUUUCUUUCUCCACUACAUCACCAUGCCAACGAUUUUCCGCAACCACGUUUCAAUCUUCACCGCACCCAAAAUCCCCACCCUUUUCGAAUACUAGGGUUUCGCCACGAAUCAAUUGGUGCUCAUAAUAGGGAUGUUUCAACUAUUGCAAGAGCUGGAUUCAAACUUCGAAAUUUCUCAACUUCCAUUGAGACGCGAGGCGGUGACAAUACCUUUGAGAGGAUUUACAUUCAGAGUGGUGUGAAUGUGAAGCCAUUCACGGUGGAAAGUGUUCAUAAGGGUGAAGAGAAUGAUGUUAGAGAAGAAGAGUCUCUUGUGGAAAAACAAGCUUGGAAGUUGUUGAAGGAUGCUAUUGUGACUUAUUGUGGGAAUCCUGUGGGGACAGUCGCUGCAAAUGAUCCAGGUGACAAAUCGCCAUUGAAUUAUGAUCAGGUUUUUAUUAGGGAUUUUAUUCCUUCAGCUCUUGCUUUCUUGCUUAAAGGAGAUAAUGAGAUUGUCAAGAACUUUCUUCUUCAUACCUUGCAGUUGCAGAGUUGGGAGAAAACUGUGGACUGCUACAGUCCAGGACAGGGCUUGAUGCCUGCUAGUUUCAAAGUUAGAACUGUAGCUAUUGACGGGGAUACUCAAGAAGAAGUUUUAGAUCCUGAUUUUGGGGAAUCAGCUAUUGGUCGUGUUGCACCUGUAGAUUCAGGAUUAUGGUGGAUCAUCCUAUUGCGGGCUUAUGGGAAGAUCACUUGUGACUAUAGCUUGCAAGAAAGGGUUGAUGUUCAAACAGGGUUGAAAAUGAUUCUUAAACUGUGUUUAACAGAUGGCUUUGAUAUGUUUCCAUCUCUGCUAGUCACUGAUGGGUCUUGCAUGAUAGACAGGCGUAUGGGCAUUCAUGGUCACCCCCUUGAAAUCCAAGCAUUAUUUUACUCAGCUCUUCGCUGUUCGCGUGAAAUACUAGUUGUAACUGAUGAAACCAAUGAUCUUGUUAGAGCCAUUAACAACAGACUGAGUGCACUGUCAUUCCACAUUAGACAAUAUUACUGGGUGGAUAUGAAAAAGAUGAAUGAAAUAUACAGGUAUAAAACAGAAGAGUACUCCAUGGAUGCUAUCAACAAAUUCAACAUCUAUCCAGAACAAAUUCCUUUUUGGGUAAUGGAUUGGAUUCCUGAAAAAGGUGGAUAUCUAAUUGGGAAUCUGCAACCAGCUCACAUGGAUUUCCGGUUUUUUACACUGGGAAAUCUUUGGUCUAUUAUUUCAUCUCUGAGCACCCAAAAACAGAGCGAGUCUAUUUUAAAUCUGAUGCAAGAAAAAUGGGAUGAUCUCGUGGGGCACAUGCCACUUAAAAUAUGUUAUCCUGCCUUGGAUAAUGAAGAGUGGCGGAUAAUUACGGGUAGUGAUCCAAAAAAUACGGUGUUCAUCUUAACUGGAACGAUGUGCUUAACUUUUGCAGCCCUUGGUCAUAUCACAAUGGUGGAUCCUGGCCUACCCUUCUGUGGCAGUUCACACUGGCAUGCAUCAAAAUGGGAAGAAUUGAACUAGCUCAGAAAGCAGCUGAUUUAGCUGAGAAAAGGCUGCCAGUUGAUUCUUGGCCUGAAUAUUACGAUACUCGUUCCGGAAAAUUUAUUGGAAAACAAGCUCGGAUGUAUCAAACAUGGACCAUAGCUGGGUUCCUUACAUCCAAGAUGCUUUUGAAGAAUCCUGAAAAGGCAUCCAUGUUAUUCUGCGAGGAAGAUUAUGAUCUUCUUGAGUAUUGUGUUUGCGGACUUAGCCAGAGGGGAAGAAAAAAAUGCUCCCGUAUUGCUGCCAAGUCUCAGAUUCUUGUAUGAUGGAAGUCUGCAUAUUAUUUGGAAGCAGCAUGCCAAUUCACAAGUUCAGGGUAUGAAUUCUGUGUUUAGUACACUACAGAAGAACUGGAAAUGUAACACUAUGCUCCAUGUUGUAGUCAUUAUAGUUAUAUUGGUUAAGAUGGCUUUCCUAUGUAUCGGGAUGCCAAUUCUUUUUCUUCAUAAAAGAAAUAAUGAAGGAGAGUUUUUAACUUAAAACCUCUUAUAAACUAUUUAUAGUUAAUACCCUAGCAUAGCUCAUUGCUUAGGAUUUUUCACUUACUCAUAUAUAUAUAUAUAUAUAUAUAGGCAUGUUGCCAAUGUUCACUAGUUAGGAUUUUCACUUACAACUAUGUAUACAAAUGAUGUUCAUAUUGACUUUUCUCAUUAUAAAAUUCCUCCUUUGCAGGAAUUGCAGUGUUCUAUAAUUACAGUCUGUUUGCUA